UCCGCGCUUUUCAUUGGUGCGCCGCCGCUGUUCGCCUCAGGACUCUCGGUGCUUUGUGAAGAUGGCGGCCGAACUGGUAGAAGCGAUGAACAUGGUGAAGAGUUUCCGGGUGUCUGACCUGCAGACACUGCUGGCCUCGAUGGGACGCAGUAAAAGUGGGCUAAAGCAGGACUUGGUGGGGAGAGCCUUGAGACUGGUACAGACGGAAUACAGCCCAGAGCUGCUGAAGAACGUCCGGCAGCUGUAUGAGACGCGUUUUCCCAAAGCGUCCGGAUGGCUAGCUGCCCGUCGUCCAGAGGGGGUACCAGCGGUGUCCUAUACUACCCUCAACACCUCCCCCCGAGGCACAGCCCAGGGCACAGACUACCUCAACGGCAUGCCCAAACUGGCUGCCCCACCAGCAGCCGAAGUUAAACUAGUGCCCUUGCCCUUCUACCAUAACUUAGAAACGUUGUUGCCACCUACAGAGCUAAUUGCCCAGAACAGUGAGAAACUACAGGAUAGUCAGUGUGUUUUUGAAUUAACACAGAACCAAGUGGACCAGAUCCGAAACUCCAGUGAGCUUCGCCCAGGAGUGAAAUCAGUCCAGGUGGUUCUUAGAAUCUGUUACACAGACUCUAUUGGUGUUCAGGAGGACCAGUACCCUCCUAAUAUUGCUGUCAAAGUGAAUCAGUCCUACUGUCAUGUUCCAGGUUACUACCCUUCAAAUAAACCAGGUGUAGAGCCUCGCCGGCCCUGUCGUCCUAUAAAUAUCACCCCCUGGCUCCAUCUCUCCACAGCUACUAACCGAGUCACCAUCACAUGGGGCAACUUCGGAAAGCGCUACUCUGUGGCUGUGUAUCUGGUGAGGGUCUUCACGUCUGCAGAACUUUUCAACCAGCUCAAGCACUGUUCAGUGGAGAGCGCAGAGCGAUGUCGCGAGCGCAUUCAGGACAAGUUGCGUUUUGAUCCGGAGAGUGAGAUUGCCACUACAGGACUGCGAGUGUCCCUCAUCUGCCCACUGGUGAAGAUGCGUCUGGGAGUGCCAUGUCGGGCCCUCACUUGCGCCCACUUGCAGUGUUUUGAUGCUGUCUUUUUCUUACAAAUGAAUGAGAAGAAGCCCACAUGGACCUGUCCUGUGUGCGACAAACCUGCUCCCUUUGAAUUGCUCACUAUUGAUGGUUUACUCUCUGAGAUUCUGAAGGAGACUGAAGAUGUAGAGGAGAUUGAGUACUUAACUGAUGGCUCAUGGAGACCCAUCCGGGAUGACAAGGAAAAGGAGAGGGAGCGGGAAAACAGCCACACUCCAGACUAUCCAGUUGUGGAUAUAUGUGUUCCUGAGGCUAACGGCCACUCCCCAGCGCACAGCAGCACGAGCCAGUCUGGGAAAUCGGCACCAGGUGUCCAGGCAGCUGCCACAGGUGGGGCCGGUUCUACCGCAAGCAGCGGGGCAGUGGUGGACCUUACUCUGGAUGACUCGUCAGACGAGGAAGGGGGAGGGGGGGCUGGGGACAGCGAGGACACGGAGGACAGCCAGGACAGCCCAGCGCCCAAGAGGGGUCGAUACGAUUAUGACAAAGACUUGGUCACCGCAUACUGAGAGGGGCUGGAGAUACAGACUGAGAGGGACAGGGGAUGGGUUGGAUCUGAGCCGUGGAAUUUCAGAAAAGUCCCCUUUUCCCCCCCAUUGUUUCCUCUCCUGAAACACAUUUUCCCCCAAAUGUACAUGCAGACACAUGAACACAUGCACAAACUUAAGCUGUUGACCUCUGGAGCAGACGGGCAUCCCCAUGACACCACUGGAAAUCCACAGAUGCCCACUAAAGCCAUCCUCUCUCUCUUCUCCUCAGCAUCUGAAUACUUUAUUCUCCCUUUAAAUGACUAUGGAGGAGUUCCAACCAUGUUCGUUAAUUUCUCUUUCCAUCUCCACUACACUUUUUUUCAGUCCGAACCACUUAGCCUCACCAUCAUCACAGGCAUUUAAGCUUUCACCAUAGUUCAAUUCUGUGAGGAGACUCUUAAAAAGAUGCUGCUCUACUCCAACCGUUGGCAAUAUCAAAAGGUCAGAAACAGUAGUGACACACACAGAGGUAAACUGCAGAAUCUCAAUUUAGAUGUUCUUUUUAAUUAAUAAUGGAAGUAGGAAUUCUAACUUUACCACCCACAAUUUCAUAUGGAGCCAUUUUCAUUUGGCUUUGAUAUUGAUAUUGUGGAACAGCAAUCAUCAAAAAAGCCAAAAUAACUCAGCUACAUCAGAAAUCAUGCAUGGUUUGGUCAAAUUUUGAAACUAAGGGUGUCUUUCCCAUAUAUUUUUUUCUCCCCCUUUGUUUUUGCUCUAUUUUCCACAGAAAUUGACAACCUACCUCAGUCUAAAGGCAAACCUGACCACAGCUUGAAAGGGUAGACAACCUGACUUGAUUUGAUUUGUUUUAAAUGUUAUUUUAUUUUGUUAUGCACAGUAACACUGGAGGGUAAAAAAAUCAUUCGCUAUAUUAUUUGUGGUGCCCCUGUCUCACUGAAACAGCCCUAAUCGUCAUCAUAAGCAAUGGAUUUCCAAUCAGGUUCGCUCAGAAUUACUGUAUCAAGGGUGCCGCAUGGUGCUGUGCUUUACAGUAGCUUCUCAGCUCAAAUAAACAUGGAGUGCUUUCUCAUCAUUAGUCAACACUUAGAACUGUGAGGACUUCAGUUAGUGAUACUUUUGAAAUUGAUGUUCUUGCAGGUAAAUGUUGUACAGUAGGAGCUAAGCAUCAUGUGUUAGAACAUUUAACUGAUGAUUGCAGGUCUCUCUUGGAUUCUCGCUUUUGCAGGUUGUGAAAGGGAGCAGUGAUAUUUAGAUCAAGUGGAACUGCUUGAAUGAGAACUACCUGGUCAAAGGCAAGGGGAGUAGAUGGAGUUGAGGGAGAAGCCCAGAAGAUGCCAAGAAGUCAAACAGUCAUACAACAUGGGGAUGGUUGAUUCGUAAAACUGGCAAAGAUGUUGCCAAACUUUUGUUCUUGGAAUUGAUAGCAUGAAGUCAAAUAGGCAAGUAGGCAUCUGACUUAAUGGUUUCUUUUCAGGUGUCUUGGUUUUUGCAGCAAUCUUUUCAUUGGAGAAUGAUAGAAGGCUCUCUUUCCACUGUGAUUCAGAAGUGCUGUUUGAUGUCAUUGUUUUGUCAGAAUGGCGAGGUUGUGAGAUGAUCAUAGAACAUUGUUCAUUUGUUUGCUUUUUUUCUUUUUGGGUUGUCUAAUAAGUAUUUAUUGGUUAAAUUGUCUUUAAAUAGCAUUUGGUAUUAUUUGUACAUAGGAGGCAUUUGAGAAGAGUGCAGUGCUAUUUGAAGGCUGUUUUAAUUGGAAGAAACCCAGUUGUUGUGGCCAUAAAGCUGGUUCGUCUGCACAGGCCCUGGGCUGGUUUUGAUUAUGGUAGAUUUUGCCGUGUCCUCUUGCAACCAGUCUGUUUAAUCCACAUUACAGUCGGACUAGUCAUGUGAGGCAGUCUUGAAACUAAGAAUAACACUGAGAACUAGUUUAACUUGAUCCUAAUCUCAAAACCUUUCAGCUGAUGUGAGUUUAGUUGUACUUGGAAAACACUGAUACAACUGACUUUGGACCAGCAUUCUGAUUAUGGUAAUGUUUAAUACAUGUGACCCUGUCUUGGCCAUCAACUCCUUGAAAAGACUCAAGCAUAUAAAUCCUGCUUCUUUUUCAUGCCUCUCAGCUAGAAACCUAUUAGCAGAAUUUAUAGUUAAAAAUUCUGUAAGUAGUAGAAGUUUGUUUUUUCAAUUUGGUAAAAAUCUAAGCUUCAGAGAAACCACUGCAUAAUAUCCAAAGCUCCUGGUGGCUUUUUUUUGUUUGUUUUUGUAAUGUAAAUCAUCCUGAAAUCUGACUUGAAGACACUCAGUACUGUAAUUCCAUCUGUGCAAGGGAAUGUCUUAACAGAAGAGCACAGCCAUGAGGAAAGUCAAAUAAAUUAAUUUUGAUCUGUGCAUGAGUCAGCAUGGUCUUCCAUGUAUUGUCUUCACAAUACGCCCAACGUUUUGGUAGAGAAACAAGUGCUGGUUUUUGGCAUAUUUUCUCUUCUUGAGUCUCUGUUGUUUGUGCCCUCAAACUGGACCACAUUUGUAUGGUCGUUAUGUUUUUGCAACUAAAAUGUAGGACCGUUGCGAAUAGAUUUCCAUUUUAGGCUUCUAAUGUGCUGAUUUUAAUAUAAGAAGCAGGUAGAUAAGUUAAUUUGUAAGCAGUAGAAUAUGACUAAUGCUGAUUGACGACACCAAAACACUUUUUUUCAGCUGGUCAGCAGUGAGGAGGUUUAGAGUCUCUGUGGUUGAAAUCUGGCGUUUGACUUGAAGUGGUUCUUUGGGACUGGAGGAGAAUCUUCGAUGGUGACAUCCCUUCUUCUUACAGUGCUUAAGAUAGCAUGGGCAGUGGCUUGCAAUCCUUGAUGUAAAUGUUUCGUUUGUUGUGUCUUUUUAUAUGUUCAUAUUAAAAGCCAAUAAAAAAAAUAAAUAAUAUUUUAUCAAAUUCUGAAUUGCCUCCAGUUGCUCCAGUGGGACUUAGAGACCUGAAAUGUUAGUGGUUAGUCAUCACCACUUUCAUAAGAGCUAUACAAAUCAGCAAAAUACUGUCACGUCCUCAACAUCGGACUUGGCUGUAGUAACCAAGUAUUUGGUUGUCCCUGUCUGAAUGAAAAACAAAAAUGUAAGAAAUUUAAGGAAAUCAUACUCUAACAUGUCAUUUAUGUGUGCAAUUAAUUAAACUGAUUUAAAAAAAAUGUA